UAGAGUACUGAUGACGUAGAAACAAAGCGACGUCCACACGCGCUGCAAUAUGGCAACAGCUCAAGUCAGCGAGGCGGAAAAAGUCUACAUCUUACACGGUAUCAGAGAGGACCUGAGAGUGGACGGAAGAGGCUGUGAGGAUUACAGACACAUGGAGAUCGAGACCGAUGUGGUGUCCAACACAGACGGGUCUGCUAAAGUCACCCUGGGACACACAGCUGUUCUUGUUGGGAUUAAGGCUGAGAUUGGAAAACCGAGGCCGAUGAUCCCGAAUGAGGGCUACCUGGAGUUCUUUGUUGAUUGCUCGGCGAACGCCACGCCAGAGUUUGAGGGCAGAGGAGGCGAGGAGCUGGGGACGGAGAUCAGUAACACCCUCUACAAAGUGUUCAACAACAAGCACAGCGUGGAUCUGCAGAGCCUCUGCAUCAGUCCCGGAGAGCACUGCUGGGUGCUUUACGUUGACGUGCUGCUCCUGCAGUGUGAUGGAAACCUGUACGACGCCACCUCGGUAGCUAUCAAAGCCGCUCUCUUCAGCACAAAAAUUCCCAGAGUUCACAUAUCGACCGACGACGAAGGGGGGAAAGAGAUCGAGCUGUCCGACGACCCGUACGACUGCAUGAGGAUCCAAGUAGAAAACGUUCCCUGUAUAGUGACUUUGUGUAAGGUGGGCCACAGGCACGUGGUGGACGCCACCCUGCAGGAGAAAGCCUGCUCCGUGGCGAGCCUCAUCAUCUCCGUGACGCACAAGGGCACGGUCACCUGCACCAGGAAGGUGGGCGGAGGCAGCCUGGACCCGGAGAGCGUCUUCGAGAUGACAGAGGCCGGUAAACGGGUGGGGAAAGCCCUUCACGCUCCGCUCAUGAAGCUGCUGCAGCACGAAGAAAGUCUGGGAAGGAAGACACCCAAAGUUGGCUUCCUUGGUUAAAAAAAAAAAAACAAAAAAACUUUUUGUAUUAUUAACAUGUACACAUAAUUUUCUAAUAAAAGCUUCUGAACAGUUC